AUGGAAAAGCCAGAUGUUUUUGCUGCCACCGACAGAAAGGGUAAAUUCUGUCGACACUGUAACCGUUCUGGGUACCUCUUCCCCGACUGUCCUUCUGUUGAAUGUCACACAUGCCACCAGAAAGGUCAUAUUAGCUACCAUUGUUCACAGCUGUUCUGCCGUUACUGCAAGCUCUCGGGACAUUUAAUUACUGCCUGUCCUACUCGCCCACCACGUCCUAGUCCACUCAACUCGUCUCCUGUCUCUCUUUCUGAUAUUGCAUCUCUUCUUCAGCGUCUUCUCUCUGUUUCUGGUAAUACCCCUGCUGCCUUUUCCUCCCCUCCAGGUCUCCGUUGCUCUGAUAUCUUCGCUGUGAAUUCUUUGCUUGAUUUUCACUGCAAAUCUGCUGACAUGGUUGUUGCCCGCAAGCUGUUUGAUUUAAUUCCUAUUCCAAAUGAUGUUUCGUGGAACAUCAUGAUAUCUGGUUAUAGGCAAAAUUCAAUGUUUGAGAAUUCGUGGGAGAUGUUUAGUAGGAUGCGUUCGGUUGGUGCCAAUCCUAAUGAGUUUAGCUAUUGGAGCGUUCUUUCGGCUUGUGUUGCUCUGCAAGGUCCUUUAUUUGGUGAGCAAGUUUUUUCACUUGUUUUGAAAAAUGGGUUCCUUUCCAGUGGUUUUGUUCAGACUCAAAUGUUACAAACGUUUUCCAAAUUCCAUGGCUUUAAGGAGGCUCUUAGGUUUUUUAAUUAUCUUUCAUGCACUAAUGUGGCAUGUUGGAAUACUAUUAUUUCUGGGGCAGUUAAAACUGGAGAAAGCUGCGUUGCUUUGAAUUUGUUUCGCCAAAUGUUGCGAGCAUAUCUGAUGCCAAAUAGUUAUACAUUUCCAAGCGUCUUAACAGCAUGUUGUAUCCUUAGAGAUAUGCAGAUGGGUAAAGUUGUUCAUGGUUGUGUUGUCAAAUGUUGUGCAACUGAUAUCUUUCUCAAGACUGCUAUUGUUGAUUUUUAUGCCAAAUUUAGGUGUAUGGAUUAA